UGAUUUACAGCCAUUCUUCUAAGCAGCGCUGGCGCCCUGACUAUCAAAAAAGAUCAAGCCUUGAACGACAAUAAGGAUAUGUUUGAUAACACUGAGAUGGUUAAUCCCUUAGGAGAAAUAAUUUUCGAAAAUGCGAUUGAUGGUGUUAUAAAAACAAAAGCUAUUCCCGAGGACGACAACGUUGAAAUUGACACCAUUCUUCUAAGCAGCGCUGGCGCCAUCACUGUCAAAAAGGAUCAAGCCUUGAAUGACCCUAAGGAUCUGUUCAGUAACACUGAUAUGGUUAAUCCCUUACCUUUAGGAGAAAUAAUUUUCGAAAAUGUGACUGAUGGUGUUCUGAAAAUAAAAGCUAUUUCCGAGGUCGACGGCAAUAAAAUUGACACCGAAUUUGAAGUAAUUCGAUGUAUUUUUUUUGUACUAUUUUUUGUGGCGAUGAUAAUUAUUCUACGGCUCUCAUCAGAGUACUUUAAACUUGUAAUAAGAAAGGAGGAAGACAAAGAAGUGUACGAACCAUUUGCAGACACCAUUAGAGUUAAACUAGAAGACGACCCCGCUUUUUAAAUUAUUCAUGGUGACCUUUAAUAUUUUAACGGCUGGUGAUAGGUUUUUAUAAAUUAUAUUUAGAGUUUUUUGUAAGGGUUCUUCUUUGUUAGUCCAUACUUUUUGUGUUUUCUGUAGAUUUAAUAAAGCAUUCAAAAAUC